AUGGCUAAUCAUGGUCUCUCUCUGUCUGCAGUGUGCGUGCGGGCGCUGGAUGUGAUGGUGUCCCAGAGCAGCAUCCAGGUGGCCCGGGGCCAAGCAGCCGUCCUGCCCUGCUCCUUCACCACCAGCGCUGCCCUCAACAACCUCAACAUCAUCUGGAUGGUAAUCCCGCUGUCCAAUGCCAACCAGCCUGAACAGGUGAUAAUGUACCAGGGCGGCCAGGUGUCCAGCUACGCCAACCACCUCAACGGUCGUGUGGGCUUCGCCGCCACCAUGCCAAGCACAAGUGCCUCCAUCUUCAUCAACAACACCCAGCUGUCUGACACUGGGACGUACCAGUGCCUGGUAAACAACCUCCCGGACCGAGGGGGGCGGAACAUCGGCGUCAUCGGGCUGACGGUGUUGGUGCCCCCCUCGGUGCCAGCAUGUCGAAUCCAGGGCACGCUGGAUGUGGGCAGCGACAUCAUGCUGUUCUGCAGCUCUGAGGAAGGUAUUCCCACGCCCUCCUACUCCUGGGAGAAGCUCGACGCGCUGCCCAAGCUGCCGCACAACGCCAUGCAAGGUAUAACAAACAAGUUGGCCGUGGGAGUCCCCUUUUGCCCCACCUUCGCCGACCAAAUGCAGGGCACGGUCGCCUUGAAAAAUAUCAGCACCAGUACCUCAGGGCUCUACCAGUGCACCUCCAGCAACGCCAUCGGGAAGAGCACGUGCGUGCUCAACGUGCAGGUCGUGGCACCCCAGCCUCAGAGUGUCGGUCUGAUAGCAGGAACCAUCGCUACGGGGGUCCUGGCUGUGGUUAUCUGCUCCCUGUUGGUCGUGGUCACACUCUUCUACUGGAAGAACAAAAACAAAUACGACGAGGAGGAGAUCCCUAAUGAGAUCAGAGAAGAUGAUCUGCCUCCCAAGCGGUCGUCGUCGGUGAAGGCUUUCCACGCCGACGCCUCGUCCUCCGAGAACGACACGCUGACCUCCACCAACACCUACAACAGCCGCUACUGGCACAACCCCAAAAUCAACUACGACACCAACUCCUACACGCGCUACAACGGCGACACCCGGCAGACCUUUUCGGCCGCCACCGCCGCUCACGGCGGCCACGGGGGCCACGGGGGUCACGGGCACGGACAGUCCCAGAACGCCGCGCACGGCCAGCCCGCGGCGGUCACGGCGCCGGGCUCCACCCCCCUCCCCCGCCACCCGCCGCCCGUCACGGCGACGACGACGAUAUCCUUCGCCAACGGCAGCCACACGCUCCCGCCCCCCAAGACUCUGGUGGUCACCACGAACUCCGCCCCCUCCCCGCCGGCCAUGGUGCGCAGCAACGGCUCGGUGGGCCUCAAGCCUCAAGCGGUGACGUCCACGCACGGUCAGCACACGCACUCCUACGCCGUGAGCCAGGCCACGCUGGAGCGGAUGGGGGCGGUGCCCGUCAUGGUGCCCGCCCAGAGCAGAGCCGGCUCGCUCGUCUGA